GGUCCUCGUUAUACAAACUGUUUCGUAAACAUAGACUGAAUGCUUGUGUAAGGUGGACAGACUGGUGCGCAUCUUCACGGUUCGAAACCGAGUCCGUACCUGCAACCAGCGAAAUGGGUGGAGUUUGGUGGACCUCAUUGCUGCUUCUUCUCACACAUCGGCACCAUUCCAAUGGCCAGAACCCUGAGCCGAUGUUUCAGGCCAUAACAAACACAAUCCUUCCUCCUGACAAUAUCAACAAUCCCACACAGCUCAACUACGGCAUGGCUGUGACAGAUGUGGAUGGGGGUGGAGACUUGGAGGUGGUGGUAGCAGGGUACAAUGGACCUAAUUUGGUGUUGAAAUAUGACCCCAUCAACAAAAAGCUGGUAAACAUCGCCAUUGAUGACACAGAGUCUCCUUACUACGCGUUGAGGGAUCCAAACGGAAAUGCUAUUGGAGUCACUGCCUGUGAUGUGGACGGAGACGGACUGGAGGAAAUCUACUUCUUGAACACAAACAAUGCAUACUCCGGGAAGGCAACCUAUUCAGACAAGCUUUUCAAAUUUCGCAAUGGCCGCUACGAGGAUCUGCUCAGUGAUGAGAUCAAUGUGAAUCGUGGCGUGGCUAACGGCAUGGCAGGACGUUCCGUUGCCUGUGUGGACAGGAAGGGAACUGGCCGCUAUGCAGUCUAUGUUUCCAACUAUGCCAGAGGCAGCGUUGGUCCCCACGUUCUCUUAGAAAUGGAUGAAGCUGCCAGCGAUGUCUCCAGAGGAGUCAUUGCUCUGUCCGAUGUAGCGGCUGAGGCUGGUGUGAGAAAGCUCACAGGUGGUCGUGGUGUGGUUGUCGGACCAAUCCUCAACCACGUACGGUCUGACGUUUUUUGUGAUAACGAGAAUGGACCAAAUUUCCUAUUCAAGAACAAGGGAGAUGGCACUUUUGAUGAAAUGGCCAGACAAGCUGGAGUGACGGAUGAGUUCCAGCACGGCAGAGGAGUAGCACUUGCUGACUUCAAUGGGGAUGGAAAAACAGACAUCGUCUAUGGCAACUGGAACGGCCCACACAGACUUUACCUGCAGACCAGCGACUCCAAAUUUAGGGAUAUCGCCACGGGAGGAUUUGCCCAACCUUCACCUGUUCGCACCGUCAUUGCUGCUGAUUUUGACAAUGACCAGGAGCUGGAGGUGUUCUUUAAUAACAUUGCUUACAGAGGAGACGCCCCCAACAGGCUGUUCAGGGUGUCCAGGAAAGCAAACAAGGAUCCAGUCAUUGAGGAGCUCAACGUGGGGGAAGCUGCUGAGCCACAGGGCAGAGGAACAGGGGGCACGGUUGCCGAUCUAGACGGCGAUGGACGACUGGACCUGCUCUUGGCACAUGGGGAGAGCGCUCAACAGCCCAUUUCAGUGUUCAAGGUCACACAGGGUUCCUCCAACAAAUGGCUGCGUGUCAUUCCUCGCACCCAGUUUGGGGCAUUUGCCCGGGGGGCCAAAGUGACUGCCUUUACAUCUCAGAGUGGCGCUCUGACCCGCAUCAUUGAUGGGGGUUCGGGGUAUCUGUGUGAGAUGGAACCUGUUGCCCAUUUUGGCUUGGGAACGGAUGAGGUGAAGGUUCUGCAGGUGUCUUGGCCAGAUGGCGCCGUGAUGAGCCGAGCCCUUCAGGCCACAGAAAUGAACUCUGUGGUGGAAAUCUCCUACCCGAGUGGGGAGAUUCUGCCCAUGCUGGAAAACAACACCCAGUGCGGCUCUGGCUUUGCGGUGGAGAACGGUUUCUGUACAGCAUCAUUUUUCUUUGGCUAUCGCUCCUGGGCCCCCGCCUUGCAGGUUUCCAGCUGGACCUUGUUUUCUCUGCUGUGUGUCGCUGCAUCAUUUGCAGCUGCAGGUCCGAGCUGACAGCGGCUCUUCUGGAUCCCACCCCCCACUCGGAUGAAUUCCUGUUACUGACAGGGUCUCUGUCCACAGGAGGGGGGGUUUGCAUGCAGACGUCUGUAAGCGAAAGACGCUCCCAGGUUCUUGUGCACAUGGUUUCUGCGUCUUCCAUGCUGAUGUCAUCCACAUGCUGCAGAGCUCAGCGUGGGGCAGUGUUGAAAUCCUGGAGACCACAGAAAUUCAAAGGAGGGGUCGUUUUUUCUCCGUCCUUAGAUGUUUGCAGAGGUUUGAUGUUGAGGAACUGGACAGAACCUUCUCAACGAAGUUAAACUUGAAAUUCAUCUGGAACUUUUUUUUAUUGGAUAAACCUAAAGGUUGUGUUUCCGAAAACCUCUUUUGGUUAAAGACCUAUAGAUCCGACAUAAAGGAAGGAGCCAUUGAAUGCUAUUUCCUUGACGGGGGGGGUCGUCAAACCUGUUUUAUUGUGCCGCUUACGUGGACUCUGUAAGUUUGAAAGAAGAAAACUUCUAAAUUUGCAGGAAAACAAUAUACAAAUAUGAAGAAAAAAAAGAAAAAUAAAUAGACAUAAAAGCAAAUCAGCACAAGAGCUAUUUAAACAAAA